AUGCUUCACUUUCUCCAAAGACCUCUCUCUCUUCCAUUUAUUCUCACCAUAUUCAUCUUCUUCACGUGGAUCUCCCUUCAUUUCCACACUGCUUCCAAAGCUUCUUCCUCUUCCCGGCAUUGGAGUGCCAUAGAUGAUAUUAACGCCAACUUGCUCAGAUUUCGAUCUGGAAUUCCUUCCAACAUUCUGAAAGAUGAGCGUGGUUGGCUCCUUGAUCCAUUGUCUCUUGCCUCUUCUUCUGGUAUUUCAGGUGGAGCUAUCACUUGUGCUUCAAUUCAUGCAGGAGAAAUCCGACCAGGAAAGUUAAGAGGAAAUCAUAGACACCAUGAUUGUAACGAGACACUUGUUAUUUGGGGUGCUAUGACAAGAUAUAGGUUGGAGAAUAGCAAAGUUCCUCAUAAACGUUAUGGUGAAGUGACCAUUGGGUUCGAUGACAUUAUUGUUGCUGCUAGCCCUAGUGGGACAGCCCACGCAAUAAAAAACAUAGAUCAGAUUCGGAGUACAUUUUUCAUAGGAUGUCAAGACAAUGUUAUAAGUUAUAAUGUCUCAAGUACCGACUUUAAUGUUUGGAAAGAUCUUUAA